AUGCUCGACUCUGGGAGCACGUCGGACAAGAUUCAGUCGUCGGCCCCGCUGCAGUGGAAGGUCCUCAUCUACGACUCGUUCUGUAAGGAUGUCCUCGCACCGUUGGUCAAGGUCGGCCACCUCCGCGACAAGGGCGUCACGCUCUACCUGGAUCUGCAUGGACAGAGAGAGGCGAUUCCGGACGUCGUUGCUGUCUACUUUGUCAAGCCGACUCACGACAACCUCAAGCGCAUCGUGGCCGAUGGUCGGGCCGGCUUGUACGAUGCCCUCCAGCUGCACUUUGUCACGCCCAUUGCCCCUGCAGCGCUCGACUCGCUGGCUGCAGACGCCGUGGCUGCCGGUUGCGUUCCACUCAUCGAGGCUGUCUACGACCAGUACUGUGCCUUUGUGGCGCUGGAGGACUCACUCUUUACGCUCUACCACUCGGACUCGUACCGCAGGCUCAACGCUGCUGGCGUCGCCGACUCGGAGAUCGAGGCGUACGUCGACUCGGUUGUCGACGGCCUCUUUGCCGUCUGCGCCACCCUCUCGGCCAUUCCCAUUAUCCGCGCGCCAGCCAACGGCCCGGCGGCGAUGGUGGCCCAGCGGCUGGACGCCCGCAUCCGCGACGCGCGCAUGGCCGGUCUUGCCCUCUUUGAGCAGGUGACCGUAACCGAGUCGGCCAUUCUCGGCUCGUUUGAGCGCCCGCUCCUGGUCCUCACCGACCGGACCGUCGACAUGGCAGUCAUGCUCCAGCACUCGUGGACGUAUCAGACGCUUGUCGAUGACACGCUCGAGUACUCGCUCAACCGGGUCCGGCUCACGCCGCCCGGCGGAAGCGGACCGACCUCGUACGAGCUCGACCCGGCGGCCGACGAGUUCUGGGGCGAGCACGCCGCCACCCCGUUCCCGCAAAUCGGCGACCUUGUUGAAGACAUGGUCGCCAAGUACGCUGCAGUCAUGGACCGGGUCAAGAGCCUCAAGGCCCAGGCCGCCGGCGACGCUGGGCCGUCCGACGGAACUGCGCUCGUCGGGGAGACCCGCGACCUCGCCGCAAACCUCAACGACCAUUCGCGGACCAAGCAGCUCAUCGACGUUCACACCUCGCUUGCCACCGCCCUUCUCUCCGAGAUCGAGGACCGUGCCCUUGAUACCUUUUUCUUUGCCGAGGAGUCCAUCCUGCAGGGCGAGAAGACCGACAUUGCCUCGCUCGAGGAGAUCCUGCUGACCAAGGGCACCCUCGCCGACAAGCUCCGCCUCUUCCUCAUUUGGUUCUGGGCCACGCCCAAGGUCAAGAUCGAGGACGAGACCCGGCUCUCGGACGCACUCACCGGCCUCGGCGUCGACAUUGCCGCCCUUAAGCACCUCAAGCAGAUGAAGUCGUUCAUGCGCAUGUCGCCUGCCGCCCGCGCCUCGGCCUCGGCCUCGGCCUCGUCCACCAAGCUCUCGUGGGGCCAGCUGCUCAAGUCUGGCAAGACCCUGCUCAAGAUGACAGGCGUGGAGAACUGGCUCCCGUCCGAUAACCACCUCCCGCUCACCCGCCUCGUCGCCGCUCUCCUGGAUGGCCCCAAGGCGGGCUCAUCCGCCGCCGCCAAGGACGCCGCAAACUACCUGCUGCUCGACCCUAAGUCGUCGGCUCGUGCCGCCGCCGCCGGCUCUGCACCCACCUCUUUCUCGCAUGCCAUUGUCUUUGUCGUCGGCGGCGGCAACUACAUCGAGUACCAGAACCUCUCCGAGUACGCCAAGAAGGUCUCGUCCUCGCCCGGCCGUUCGCUCACGGUCACCUACGGCACCACACAGCUCAUUGGCGCCGAGGCCUUUUGCGACCAGCUCACCUUCCUCGGCCAGCAGGGGUAA